GUUAUUAGGUGCAGGUGCUAACAUAGAACACGCGGCCGAUGAUGGCUACACGGCAGUAAUGAGCGCAGCUGUUAACGGUCAUACGGAUACGGUCACAGCGUUAUUAGGUGCAGGCGCUAACAUAGAACACGCGGCCGAUGAUGGCUACACGGCAGUAAUGAGCGCAGCUGUUAACGGUCAUACGGAUACGGUCACAGCGUUAUUAGGUGCAGGCGCUAACAUAGAACACGCGGCCGAUGAUGGCUACACGGCAGUAAUGAGCGCAGCUGUUAAGGGUCAUACGGAUACGGUCACAGCGUUAUUAGGUGCAGGUGCUAACAUAGAACACGCGAAACAUGAUGGCCGCACCGCAGUAAUGGUAGCGGCUGUAAACGGUCAUACGGAUACGGUCACAGCGUUAUUAGGUGCAGGUGCUAACAUAGAACACGCGAAACAUGGUGGCUACACGGCAGUAAUGAGCGCAGCUAUUAGCGGUCAUACGGAUACGGUUACAGCGCUACUAGGUGCGGGCGCUAACAUAGAUCACGCGGCCGAUGAUGGCGAGACGGCAUUGAUGCUUGCUGCCAGUACAGGUCAUACAUCGUGUGUCAUAAAGCUACUAGCAACAGGAGCGCGAGUGGAGCGUCGCGAUAACAAUGGCUGGACGGCGUUGAACGUGAGGUACGCUGUAAUGUCAGUGGUGUGA